UUCUUAUCUCGGAAACACACCUCUUGAUAUUGCGCUGCUUCUCCCGCCAGAACCGUCUACACCGCAUUCUGUCACGUCUUUCGACGAUAGUUUCUUUCACCAUAAUCAUUAUCUUUGCUACUCAAAGCUCGACUCCGCCUCCGCCUGGUCGUCUCCUCAUCCUCUUCCUCACUGUGUCUUGUCUUACUCUUAUACAUACACACCAUUUCCUAACCAUAGCCAACCAGGGUUUUUGUUCCCCUGCUCGCUGACCCUUGUUCUUGUCCAUGCCUUGGCUUAGCUCUCCACUCACAUCCCCCUCCUUCCCCCAGGCUUGCGCCAUCUCAACCAACCAUUCUUCGUCAUCCGUCUCCCUCGAUCGCGCCGUCUUUCCAACGGUAAACCCUUUUGCCCUCCACUCCAUCUUCUUUGAUAUCCCAGCAGCCAUCUUUGUCCCACUCCCUCUUCGUCGUCCUCGUCCUCCCUCCAUCAUCCUCCAGUGCUGGUCUGUACCGGAGACGGAUGCCAUCCGCACCUACAAUAAACCAUCCAUCUGUCUGUUCAUCUGUCUAUCAAACAAUCAACUCGCCCAGACUGGCAAUACGGUGAUUAAACAUCGUCGGCACCAUCACCAUCUUAUCGACCUCUUGUCGCUACACGGCCAGCUGCCUCGUUUCACUCUGCCUUAUACAGCAUUCCCCUCAUCAUAUCACCCAUCACCACCUCGUACAGCAUUCUGAAGCACCCGGGAGUGAAGUCCCCUCCCCUCGAGUUGUUCAUCCUUAACUUGAAUUUGAAUCUCAAGGAGCACAGCUCACGCGCGCAACACGCGCAACUUGUACAGCGUCGACAGAGCGCAGCAAGUUGAACUUUGCCCUGUCCGCUAUCAAACGUUUUUAUCACUCCAGUCGCGAUAUGUCAUAUCAUUGAUUGCGAAUCUUGUUUCUGCCUUUGUCGCAUUAUUAACGCUUCUUACCUAACACGCGCCAGUCGUCUAUUCAUUCAUUCAUUCAUUCUCUUUGAAAAGCGCACGCAUUUCAAAGCGCAGCGAUCACAUCGCAUCGCAUCGCAUUGACAUUGGAUUUGAACCACACUCGACUCGGGUCGAUAUUUGAUACAACCCAUGCGCUAGACGAUCUCCGCUUUGAACGCUUCAGACUCGUUUCUUCUCCACAUCCACGCGCGCCUCCUCUGUCGCAUUAUCUCAUACUACCUUACGCUACCUACGCUACAGUAUCACUGGCGCGCAAUCACCCGUGUUAGAGACCCUCAUUAAGAGUCACUCACCGUUGCUUACACCCCCCGCUGCGCCGCCGCCUCCUGCUCCUCCACUUCCUCCGGCUUGAGCCUCCAAGGAUUUGGUUCUGGUUUUUGAUUCUGAUUCUGACUCUUGGGUCUUGGUCUUGAUAUCCCCGGUCCUUUUUUUGUGGAUUCUUUCUACUGGAGCCAUUUCAGGGUUUAUUGAUUGGUCCCUUCCUGCUCGGGCAUGCUCCUGCCUCCCAAGAGUGGUUUUUCUUACCUUAGCUUCCUGGUCUCAAAUCGCCACUGCCUUUACUGCAAGUGCGACUGAUUCCCAGAUUUCACUGCAGCUGCUACCUUAGCUGCUCACACUACUACUGCACCUUCCCUCCCACCCCAUUAAGAUUCAGCGCGCAGUCCCGUCCCCCUCCUCCACCUGCCACCAUCCCAUCGUUCAUCAUUAACCCAUUGCCAUCCAUCCAUCCAUCCAUCCACCAUCGGCUUUCCGCCAUCACACACGCACGCACACACGCAUACACCCGCUCCAUCGCAUCGUCCAACCAUCCUGUUGACAAUCUAUCAAUCACUUUGUUUGACGCGAAUCUUGGAAUCUUCAGAGCUCUGUUGAUAUUCUUGUUACGCGAUCGUCCGUUGGUUUUACUUGCGCGCCAUACACUGGCUGAUCUGAUCAUUGAGAUUCAUUCGUGAGCCUCUUUGACGUCGUUGUCGCAUUUGUCGCACAACGCGAUUCCGCGUCUAUACUUCAUAUCACUCUAUCACCAGACAAAGGUAAAUCCAGCCCAAGUUUUGAUUCUGCGUUUAUCUUCCCCUUCUUGCUUUCUACGUCUUGUUUCGUCUCCUUCUGUCUUGUUUGUCUUUUUUUGCUUCUUCACACACCUGUCCCGCUGCUGCCGCGGCCAGCGUCUGGAUUACUACGAUCUUGUCUCGGUUUGGCUCAACUUCCGGCUGGAGUCUAUGCCCCGGCCUGCGCUUGACUCUCCCUUCCGAGCCAAGGUCUGGCUGGCCAAAUCGCACAUCACAAGGCCAGGCAGGUUUUCCACUUUAAGCUCGCCAUAUAUCUACAAUUCGCCAUUCACGCUCAACGACGCGCCUCCUUCUGGCUGCCAACCACGUGCGACUGGCGUUGCCUCCUUUCUGCAUCUUCUCCAACCCGUCAGCUCGUCAGUCCAAACAUCUCUGGACACGUCGCCAUCGCUUUCCCGUGGUCGCAACUUCACCCAUCCCCCGCUGGCUCGGUAGCUCUGUGAUGUACUCCGCUCAGCAAACCAGCGCUGAUAAUGCGACAAUCAAUCCAGCUGCGCUCAGCUCACCUGUCAUAGGUCUGACGCAACAACCCCAGCGCACACUCAAGCGCAGUCAUUCUCCUGGAGUUUACGACGCGCCGCAGCUUGGCGAUGACGGUAUGUCGGCGAUUAGUACUCCGCCGCUACUUUACUCACUUCGGCACCCGACUACCUUGCGCCAGACCGGGCGAUCAAUUGCGAUUUCUUUUUUAACUGCUAUUAUUGUUCAUAUGCUUUACGUCGUAUUUCGUUGCAGUACUUGCGGGCUCAAAAAUGCAACUGGUGAGAGAACGUGCUGACCAAUCUUGCAACCUGCAGGUGAUACGAAACCACUUCGAAAGAAGGCAAGACCGAUGAAUAAACGAUCAACAGGGAGCAUUUCCGAGGCUCCCGGGCAGGCCGCAGGCUCGACCCUUCCUCAGACUAUUCCUCCACCGCAGACUCCCCAGUCUCAAGGCUCAGCGCUGCCACAAACGAGCCCCGUCUACACGCCGCAGACACAGAUGCCCCCAAAGACCACUCCGACAAAGUCAACACUGAAGGCUCUGCCCACUGUGCGAGACCACACGACCGACCAGCUCAACCCGACUGGAGAUGAGUAUAUACCCCGCGAAAUCGAUGAGUUCGGAGAGAAGAAAGUCCAGCUCAACGGCACGCUCAACGGAGGACGUGAAUACAAGUGCCGAACAUUCUUGGUCCCUAACCGCGGGGAUAAAUUGUUCAUGUUGGCUACCGAAUGUGCUAGGGUUUUGGGCUACCGUGAUUCGUACCUCUUAUUCAACAAGAACAGGUCUCUGUACAAGAUUAUCGCAAGCCAGGCCGAAAAGGAUGAUUUGGUUGGACAAGAAAUCCUUCCCUUCUCGUAUCGCUCCAGGCAGAUUGCCAUCGUCACCGCCAGGUCCAUGUUUCGACAGUUUGGAAGCCGUGUGAUUGUCAAUGGUCGCAGAGUUCGCGAUGACUAUUGGGAAACCAAGGCCCGGAAACAGGGAUUCACUGAGGCUGAUCUUGCCGGUGAGAAGCGCCCCGGUGCUACGAAGGCAAGAGAGGCGGCCGAGGCCCAGCAGAACAACGUCUUGUUAGCUGGUCCCCAUCCAGAGAUUGUGUAUAGCAACAACCCAGGACCGUUCCCCGGCCCCCCGCAGCCGCACCUCGUUCAACCAGGUAUGAUCGGACCACCACCUGGAACCACGACAAGAAUGCCCGGAUUGACACUAGGAUCAGACCUAAGCGACUCCCGGCCGCGCGAUUAUUCAGGAAUUCUCAAAGGCGGACCUCGUCAGGAGAUCACCGGCCCUGCUUACCAAGACCAGACCCGUCCUUCGCCCCUCGGGGAGCUCAACGCCCAGGCCCAUCAUGCCGCAGAUUUCAACAGGUCAGUUAAUCAGCAGCGGGAUAUGCGCAACGAAUAUCUCCAAGGCGUUUGGCGACGCCCACAUGAGCAGCCCCCCUCCAAUCUGACCCAGCAGCCUGUGGCCUCGGCCGACAGUUCCAACACGGCGACCAGCAGGCCUUCACACUCACCUCACACUACGGCUACGGCCAUGUCGCAGCAGCCUGGACUGGUUUCCACUCAGAGCCCUCAAAUGAUGAUGACCACUGCGCCCUACUCCCAGUCAAUCAGCGCGCAGAGCAGUCUCAGUCAAGCACCCAUGAGAGGUAUGGCUCAAUCACCCACGCAAUCGAUCAGACCAACACUUCCCGGUACAGGGGGCUCCAUGUCUCAGGGAACGCCUGGUUACAACUACCAAUCGGGUCAAAUGUGGCCGCAGACUCCGCAGGCGCCCCAGCAUAGCUACGGCAGCUACACUGCUCAGUCCCAAGCACCUCACCCGUCGCAGUCGCCUUCGCAUCUCCGUCAAGGGAGCUCGGGCCAGAUGCAAAGUAUGCAGUUCCCCGGCAUGACUGGUAUGCAGUAUGGUGCGGGUCAGAGCAUGUAUCCUGCAGAUCAAACGCCUCGCCAAUACAUGCCUCAAGGUGGCGCUGGUGGACCAUCAGUCUCCCAAGGCUGGUCCGGUCAGCAUUCACCUGCCCAGCAGUGGUGGACUCCAGGGCAGCAGCCUCAAUAAGUUUGUGAACACCAGCUGGUGAUGCGAAAUGAUGGAAUGAUAUAGCCCACGAUCUCACUUGCUUCCGUUGAGAAAUCCAAUCUGAUAGUGUGGUUUGUUUGUGUUUUUUCUUCCACUUGCCCUUUUUAUUUCUUUUAUUUCUUUCUUGACCUAUCUUGUGUUUACAUACUUGAGCCAGAAGACGACUAUCUUCUUGGUCUGAUUUCCUCCCUCCUGGGUCUCCAGGUAUGCAGAUAAGUGGAGGGGCUAUGUGCAUCUCGAGGGGCCUUCUGGCUUGAAGAAUUGCUAAUAGUAUUUGGACUGGCUGGGAUAGAGGAGUCGGACAGGACAGGGACACAUGAUUGUUGGUUUUUUAUGUUUUCUUCUACUCGUGGGUUUUGAUAUGAGGUAGUAAGUCUGGUUAGGUACAUUCACGGCGGCAACAUACCCUGCUGUUGUUUUUUGUUGUUAUAUGUUUACCAGGCCAUUCUGUUGGAUGCAGGCAUAUGGGUUUACUCUGAUAUUAUUUGGGCAGAUUAUUGGUUUGGUUUGAUUUGGUUGUUCUGGUGGUACUACGAAUGAGUUUUCCACUGCGACUCGCCUGUGCGUCGUCGCAGGGUACUGUUUGUGUUGGCGAGGCAUACAUCUAUUAGGCUUUCAUUUUGAUACCACGUCACUCUUCGAUUCGUCCUUUUUAAACAUUUCUUCUUCCUGGGGUACAACGUACCAGUCGUGAAGCGUGUGUAUGCAUGUACGACAUGUGAGUGUCGCUCGAGAGGGGUGUGAUACCGACUGGAUGACAUACUGGGAUUGGAUUGUUGAUUCACAUUUGAUAUUUCAUGUCUAUAGUCUUACCUUGACUACUUUGCGGCUUUGCUUGCUGCGGAAAUAAUGAUGAUGCUUGAUGAGACGUUUAGGGUCUUGAUUAA